AUGAAGGGAUCCAACAAGGACCAGGAUGACUUAGACGCGUUGUUUACCGUGGACACGAAGGGGUCCUGCGAAGGCUUGUCACAGGCGUCACGCAAGGAGGUCGCACGUGCUAAGAUCUUCAGAGAGAAAGGGCCGGACCUGGGUCUAUCUGGCUUUGAGGAGGCCAAAGUUGCCCGAGCCGCGCAGACCCUGGAGAACAGGCAGCGGCAGAAGCCAAAAGCCAAUCAAGAGGUUUUCGACCUAUGGUCAGCCCCCACCAAGGCCGAACAAUGGAAAGCCGAGCGCGACGAUGAAGAGGUUGGUGCCUUCCGGGUGCGAAAGCAGCCGAAGCCUACACCAAUCCACACCCCGCGCACGAUGCACCAGAAGGCCAGUCGCGCUCCGGCAGUGGUACCAGCGCACGAGGGUCAGUCAGUAAAUCCGGGGAGCGAUGCCUACGAGGACUUGGCAUGCAUGGCUGCAGCGAAGCAGCUGGAGAAGGAGGAGAAGGUGGAAUCCUUAGAGCGCCAGCAGCGGCCGAUCACCGCAGAGCUGCGAGCGGAACUCGGUGAGGAGGAAGUGGCCAAGAUGGACGAAGCGACUCGCAUCCAGACGUAUCGCAAGCUCAUCUGUCCUGGUGCACCCCAGCCGUUGGAGGGGGAGUCGGAGGAGGCCUUCGAGAAGCGUAUCGCCAAGUUUAAGCGGAAAUCGCAGUCCAAGCGAAACAAAGAGCGAAAGCGAAAGAUCACCGACCACAAGCAGGCGCAGCUUCAGGCUCAGAAGAAGCUGGACAAGUCUGUGGGCGAGGUCGGCGCCAUCUUGAAAGAGAUGAAUGAAGAGGAAGAGACGCGGCGAGAGCGGCGGGCGUACCGGGAGUCCCUACGGCGAAAACGCCGGGAGCUGGAGGAGACCCUGGGGACAAUGGAUGCCAAAACGAGGCUUGGUAGAGGCAAAGCUCCUGAGGAGGAGUUGGCCGUGCCGGAUUUAGAGGCGACGGGCCAGCUGAGGAAGAUGCCUAUCAAGGCCAGCGCGGUGAGAGAUCGGCUAAGCUCCAUUCUCCGACGGGGUCUCCUGCCCUCUCGUCCUGAGACAGCCUUGGAGGCUAGCGGACUCCGGUGCGCAGUGUACUAG